AAGACCGAUGGGUUCAUGGUUAGUAUGGUCUAUGGAGAGCUGGUUUGGGGACAGUGAUGGGAGCUGAAUGCUAAUCCAAAGAACUAAGGUUAAAGAGUUUAACCAUAAUCAUAGAAUCCAGGUUUUACACCGUGGACCUUGAAUGAGACAGGGUGGUUACUGGGACAGUGUGUGUAGUCAGACUUUGUCCCCUCAUGUCAUCAUCAGAUCAGUUAUUUCUGAGCUGCUGUUUAAUCAACACUGAGACUCAGAGCGGCCACGCUGGGCUUCAGUCCCGACGUCUCUGAAGAAAACCAGAUCUGGACUCAUUUCUGGACCAGUUUUCUCAGCUUCAGCAGAAGUGUCACUCUCACCUCUGUCAGAGUUACAGGUGAAAUCGCCUGGCGACGUCUCAGCCUCUCAGCUCAGACACAUUUGUUCCUGCAACACAUUUCAUUUUCAACAGCAAAGACUCUGAAAGAUGACCAAACACUACACGCCAGUGUGUCCUGCUGACAACGUCAUCGUCAAGACUGAAAAUGGAUUUCAGUCUAAAAAACACCGAUACAUUCGCAAGGAAGGCAACUGUAACAUUGUGUUCCGCCACGUUCCUGAGGAGUGGCUGCUGUUUGUCACCGAUAUCUUUACCACCCUGGUGGAGAUCAGGUGGAGGGUGAUGUUUUUGAUCUUUGCCCUGUCCUACAUCUUGUCCUGGCUUUUCUUUGGGAUAAUCUUCUGGAUCAUCGCUCUGGCUCACGGCGACAUUCAAGACGAGAACAUCGACCCCUGCGUCUACGAAGUGCGCAGCUUCACUGCCGCCUUCCUCUUCUCACUGGAAACACAAACCACAAUUGGGUACGGUGCUAGAGGAAUGUCGGAGAACUGCAUGAUCGCCAUCAUCGUGGUGACAGUGCAGGACGUCAUCAGCUGCUUCAUUGACACAUUCGUCAUCGGAAUUGUUGUCUCAAAAAUGGCCUCGGCUCGAAAGAGGGCGCAGACGUUGGGUUUCAGCAACUGUGCUGUCAUUAACCUUCGAGACGGGUUCCUCUGCCUCUCUUGGAGGGUGGGGGAUUUCAGGCGCCAUCACCUGGUGGAGGGAACAGCCUGCGCUCAGUUAGUCCGCUCCAUGGUGCACGCCACAGGGAAGGUGGACGUAACCUACGAUGACCUGCGCAUCAUGCAGAAGGAGAUCGCCCUGGUCACACCCACCACCAUCACCCACAGGAUGGAACCCGGGAGUCCAUUGUACAAGAUGAGCUUGGCCGAUCUGCAGAAAGCCGACUUUGAGCUUGUGGUGUCCUUCACGUACACGGACGACUCCACAGGAAUGCUACAUCAGACUCGCAGCUCGUACACACCAGCAGAAAUCCUUUGGGGUCAAGUCUUCCAGGAGAUGAUCAGGACCACGAAGAGGUUCCACAGGGUGGACUACAACCUGUUCAAUCACACAGCCAAAGUCUUGGUUCCAGAGGUGAGUCCAGAGGUGUACGAGCAUAAGAAGCAGCUGAGACCGUCUCCUCGUCACUCCCCCCGAUCUUCACCCGGACUGUCGCCUCAUCCUUCUCCCAGACCUUCACCAAAGCCAAAGAAGAAAAAUCUUCAGGAAGGCCUACUCAAACCUCCAACUGUGAUGGUGGAGCUCGUAAAUGACGGCUGCCCUGAUCUGAACGUGACAACGACUAAGGAAGAGAAAAGUUCUCAAGACACUCUGACGAUACCCAACGACCUCAGAGGUUCAGAUAUCUAGAGCAGAACUGAAACAUUUUUGUCUUUGGAAAAACGUCACCAUCUUCACGACUUCACAAUCUGUUCACCACACGUGACUUCACAGCAGUGGCACCAUGUGACCGAAAUCACAGGAGACCUGAAGGAAUAACAACAAGUGAAACUGUCUUUCCAAGAGACUGGGUCAGAACUGUCAGAAAACAUAGAAUUAACUGAAAUAGAAUAAUCUUUGUAAACAUAGUUUUUUAAAUCAUUCUGUCAAAAAAUUAAGGUUAAAGUCAAGUUCUAGCAGAGUCUCCAGUGGGUGGAGCCAGGACCCAAAACACUUUGGUGGUGGAUUAUUACCAGAACAUAGAGGUUUAUUCAAACUUCUCACGCAAACUUUAUCAGUCUGAGAUGUCAUCGUUCAUUUUUAUCUAGUGUUUUUUUUAAGUGGAAAUAUGUUAUAUCUUUAAUUUCUUCAAAAGUGCACAGCAGGUGGAGGAUCAAAGGUGUUUCUGAUUUUACUCUUCUGAUAUUUUUAACUCAGUGAAACAUCUAUUUAACCUUUUAAGACCAAAUCUGUGGCAUCAAUUAUCAAUAAAGUCAUGUUUAAAUG